AUGCCUCUCAUACUGGAUAAUUCCAUGCAAGUAGACCUCGACAAUGUCGAUGACUUGUUUGGCGACGAUGUCCCUCUCUCUAUUCCUGUCAGACCCCAGGGCAAACAGCUGCAGCAACGGCUAGAUGAGCUGAGGAACCGAGGCGCCUGCCAAGCUGUCGCGUGGUCCAAGUCUGGCACAAUAGCCUCAUUGGCUCCCGAUGGUCUGACUCUCGAGCUUCGAUUCUUAAGAUGCCAUCCGGACACCGGGGCUUGGGAGCUCAGUGAGCCGACCACUUGUGACCUUGUCAAGGGAACGCCAGCAAUUCCCCUGGUGCAUUUGGAAUGGGGCACGACAAACACUCCGGAUCUAGCUGUAAUAGAUGCGGCUGGAAGAGUUGCUUUGGUGAGCUUUGCCAUUUCGUUGAACCACCCCUUCAUAACCAGAAAAUGGGAGACGGACACGAUUGACGACCUCCAUGGAAUCGCUGGCUGUUACUGGCUCCCUGUGGCCCCAACAAAUCAGCAGAAACCGUUCAACGUAAUGUACGGGCCGGCAAAUAAGAGUGGAAACGGGUAUCAAUAUGAAAGCUCCUUCGUACAUGCUAUAGGGCCAAAUCAUCCGCAUUCGGCCAAGAGCGCUCUUUUCUGUGUGAGCUCUGGGGGUAUGUUGAAGAUGUACUGGUCACAGAACAACGGCCGCAUGGAGGAGACAACAAUGGAGCUCGAGAGCAUAAACACAUCUGACGAGCUUGUCACGCAUGCAGCUUUUGCUUCCGAUAAAAAACACCUGCUCGCUGCUGUUGCAACCUCGUCUCGGCAAUUGAAGCUCCUUAAAAUCGAAAUACAGUGGGGGGGACCUGGUUCCUCUUCAGAGAAAAUAACCAUGCCCCAGAAUGCAAGGUUAAAUCCUGCUCUUGUGGAAACACAUAUUGCAUCGGCCAGCUGGUUAUAUGCUGGCCCCAACGAAACAAAUUAUGACGCUUCGAUGGCUGAACUCUCCUUUUUGCAUGUCUUGCCGGCCGUAAUGGACAACACUGGCUCCAGCACAGUUCCGCCAUUGAUCAUGACUGUGAGGUCGAGGAAUGUGGGUGAUGGAUCUUUCCAAUCAGCCCAGAGCGUCUUGGAUCGAUGGGAAGCCAUCGAAUCCAAGCAAAGUCUUGAUUCUGCCUUUGAACAGCUGGGAAAUCGGAGAAACAGUGUUUCGUCGGACCUGCCAAACACCAUAAAGCUUAAAAAACUGGAAUCCAUCGUGAUCAACAAGGUCGUCAUUGGAAUUCAGGAUAUCCAGUACAGAAAAGUCCUUCUUUUGACAAUGUCAGAUGGGUCGAUUGAGUAUCGAGAUCGAUUCACGUUCGAAGAAAUAUAUGCGAAUGAAGAUCUCACUAAAGUCAUGACCUUGCGACAGGUUGGAUGGACCUUUUCCGAUAGCGGACCAUGCCAUCAAGUCGCUUUCUCCCCGACUUGCUGUUCCAUGAUACAGAUUGGAGACGAUGCAAAGGUCCGGUGGAACAAACUUGAGUAUCCAUUAGGUGACAUUGGCAGCUCUCCACAAGAUCCCCAUUAUCCUGCUACCAUUGCAGCAUUAUCCAUCGCAGCGGCAUCUUGUCUGUGGCAUCAGAGCAAUUGUGAUGAUCUUUUAGCUGUUGUACAACAUCUGGCAACAAGAAAGAGAUUUUUACCCGACUGGAUCAGUGAAAUCAUUCGAAUUCUGAAGAUUCAAGUCGAUUAUUCUGAGGAGACGCACCAUGACUCGCUUAUGAGGAACUCUCCGCUGCAGUCUUGCCUCAGCAUAAUGAGUAGCUUAGGGUUUCGGGGGGAAACUCGUAGACGAUCAUUUCAGAGCAAAUUUGCCAUAAUCAGUCUGAAUAUGCGAAAUGUUGUGAUUCUCAUCACUCUUGCAAGCAACACGCCAAUGAACAUCAGAGAGAAGAUGAGUCCUUUGGAUGAACACGAGGUUGUGGAAGCUCUCGCAGGCUGCGCAAAGUGGUCUGUCGAUCUACUGUGCUGGUUGGUUGACUGUCUAUUUGAGCUGAUGAAUGAUGACAACUUCAUACAACGACUAAACCCACAGCGGUUUGGGGAGUUGAACCAAUACCUUCACGACAGGAACGACGUGUCACUCCACUUGUUGCUCUCAUCUUCAAGUCGCAGUUUUGUAUCGGCUGUAUGCCGCAGAAUUUCCCUCCUAGAGAACAUUAGCAACAAAGCCAUCGAAUUUUAUAAACGACAGGCAUCAGGAGAUCAACAGGGCGGUGCCAAACCACCCAAUCCUCAACUGCAGCAAGCAUACCAAAAAAUGCAGCAGGUUACGUCCACGAGCCUGAUUAAGGUGACAGAAUUUGAGAAGUUGUUAAAUAUACUGGCUUCGGAUAUCCGGCAAACAUACGCACAGUGCAUACCCGGAAUGGCCAGGAACCGACCCAAUCCUCCCCAAGGGAAGCAGAUGGACAUUGCUAUCAAGAACACUCAAGCUCAUUUCGAGAUGGCAAUGUUGCUUAGUGGGUCUCUCGGCUCGUAUUUCCUACCAGUGUUGAGCAAGCUCUUUGCCAAGGACCUCCCUGCGUUCCGCAAGCUCACCGAUCCGGCCAAGUUGUUUUUUGCAGACUUUGAACUAUUGGGAGUACAAGACGACAGGAGUAGUCUGGCUGCCAGGAAGGCCAAGGGUGUGCAUGUGGACAUCUUCAAAAGGACAGAGCUACGAAGCGGCUGUGGAACAAGCAGAUGGAGGAGAUGCACAAGAUGCACAGCGGUCAUGGAAGAUGUGUUUGGCAGUCGCCCUGGCUUCACCUUUGUGCUUGCACAGCAGCGCAAAUGUUCUUGCAGCGGGUAUUGGGCAUUACUGCCCAAGGGGAAACUAGUUCUGUAG